AAUUUCGGUGUAAUCAUUUUAUAUCUCAGAUUUAAAUAAUGUAAAAUCCAUUUUCUCUACGUAGUACGAAGAGAAAAUAUAUUAGCAAGCGUACGCUAUUAUUAAUACUGGAAAGAUUUUUUUGCGUGUCGUGUGUAAUAUCUUUAAAUUUUAUAAAGCACAAUGUGUGAUUAUUGUUCUUGGAUAGAACAAAUUUUAGCAAGAAUAAAUGUCGAAACAAGAUUACUCAAAGAAACUAUACCACCACCAUACGUUGAUCCUACCGUUAUAGUUCACGGUGGUGCAGGAAAAAUACCAAAAAAAAAACAAAAAUUGAUGCUCGAAGCGGUUAAAAAUGCUGCAUUGAAGGCAUAUAAAAAUCUUAUCGAUGGAUAUACGGCUGUUGAUGCAAUAGAGAUAGCAAUUUCAUGCAUGGAAGACACGCUGUACUUAAAUUACACAAAGGAAGCACCUAUGCAUACUAACGAUGAAAUCGUUUGGGAUGCAGGUAUAAUGACUAACGAUCUUGAUGCUGGUUCUAUAGGUUUCAUUCAAGGCAUUGAACAUCCCAUUAAACUAGCAAGAGAAGUCUUAAAAAAUACGGAUCACGUGCUCAUUGUAGAAAAUGGUGCUACAAAAUUGGCAAAAGAAGCUGAUCUUCCUAUAUUAAUGAGGAAAUUCAUGCCAACUGAUACUAUUCGUUUUAUUGAUGAAAGCGAGGAAGAAUAUUAUGAUAUAUCUUCUAGUUCUGAUUCUACUGAUGAUUUCUUAAUCAAGUGUGCAAAUGACAUUAAAAACGAUUAUAUGAAACACAAAGAGAAUGAUACAUCGAUUAUUAAAAUGUACUUUCCGGAAUGUAAUUUUUUAGAAAUGGAGGAGAUAGAAAUGGAAGAUGAAGAAUUGACAGAAUUAAAUAUUACCAUACCGUUUCACGAGGCUCGUACGGUGGGUGCGGUUGCUUACGAUCGAAAGAAACGUUUAUCAAGUGGAAUUUCAACGAUGAAAGAAACCAUAAAAACGAUGGGAAGUAUUAGUGCGGUCGGUACCGUUAUUGGCUGUGGAAUUUAUGCGGAUGAAAACGGUUGUUGUUCUCUUUCGGGUAAUGACAAAACGAUAUAUAAAUAUGCACCGGCUCGGAAAAUCGUUAGAAGAUUUAAUUCGAAGACCACGAUGAUGUUGGAAAUAAACAACGAAUUAGAUAAGUUUCAGAAAGAAACAGGAGAAUCAGAAAUUGGAGUUAUAGCUUUGAACAACAAAGGGGAACCAUCAAUCUCGUUUAAGACCUUACAUUUUCCUUGGGCCUGUUGUCGAAAUGGUUACAUUUAUUAUGGAUGUAACAAGUGUGAUAAAUUUCUUGAAGAAAUAAGAGAUUUAAAUCGUCCACUCGAUUGCAUGUGCGAAGUAUCUAGAUAGAUCUAUCGAAUUUAUUUAAAUAAAUAAUAAGACGACAUUUCGCUUACUUUUCACCAAUCGACUAUCAAAUAUUUUAUGGCGUUUCAUUAAGAGUUGGAUAAAAGAAAUUGUUAUUACUUACUGGAAAAAUAACGUUUUGAUGAUCAUCGUAUAUCCCGUACAAAGAGAAAGCACUAGUAUAUCCCUUGGUAUUUGUUCCAAAUAAUUGAUCCAUACUAAGCAACAUCGAAUAAAUUUCAUUGUGUCUCAAA